AUGCAACGUAUUCAGCGCAAGGUCGGCGUGUUCAUGCCCCGUAGCGAGGAUGACGCGCAAGUUGCCGCAAUGCUGGCUGAGUUCAAGGAGGCCGAUCAGAUGCUCGGAAAGGCAACAUGGGCGCAUCUUCUCACCCAUCAACUCCACGUCGUCACCGAGUUCGAGGCCAUAUACAAGCCCAUUGCUGCUGUUGGCGAAGCGCCACUCCAUGGCCAUGUCCCUGCCGAGACCCCCCGCGAGGUUCUGGAGCGCACGCGCCGUCUCAAUCAGCUCUACGAUGAGCUCAAAAACGACAUGAUGGAGGAGGUCAACAUGAUUGAUCGCCGCUUGAUCAAGCCGGCGCAAGAGGCAAAGCAGACAAUCAAGCCAAUGCACAAAGUCAUACAAAAGCGGGAGGACAAGAAGCUCGACUACGAACGAUACAAGAGCCGUGUGGAGAAGCUGGAGAACCAAGCCAACCGCUCCGCUCGCGACGAGUCUGCCCUGGCCAAGCACCGCAUCGAUAUGGAGCGCUGCGAAGGCGAGUACGACGCCGCAGACAGGCACUUGCAAGCCAAUCUUCCGAACAUCACAGCCGCCAUCCUCUCCCUCCUGCCUUUCCUUUUAGCAUCUCAGAUUGAGAUUCAGAACAAUAUCUUGGGCAACAUGUAUACUGUGCAGCAUGAAUAUUGCCAGGAAUACGGCUUCCCAUCCCCACCUCCUGACAUGGCCGAUGUUGUGGCAGACUGGGACGCCACCUUCACGCCUCUGCGCAAAGAAAUUGAGUCUAGUUAUGAACUGCUCAUGCACACAAGACUUGUCCGCCAGCCUAUGGAGCUGCCUGAAUCCAGGCACGGAACCGUCACUGGCCUCAAUCUGCGCAAUACGGCCACUGACAAGUUCUCUAAUCGCCCGCGUAUCGUUGGUCGGCCUUCAUUUGGCUCCCACACCUCCGGCGGUGCCGCCGCCUCCCCGGAGGAAGAGAAGGCCCCACCCAAGCCUCCUCGCCCGCGCAGCAGCUUCUCCAAUGCUCCCCCUUCGCCUGACCCAUCCGGCCCUCCCCCGAUCAACCUCGCCUCCCGUCCCAAGAUCCCAUCAGCUAGCAAGCCCCGCAUCGGCGGCACGAACACUCUGUCGCCCUACGACGGCACGGCCCGUCGCCCCUCAUCCUCAUCAUCCAUUGGCGGCGGUGCCUACUCUCCGGGCAGUCAGUCGCAACAGGGGGGCGACUACUUUGGCGGUGGCACCUCGCCCGUCCGUACGAUCGCAGCAUCGCCCCACUCCAACGGCAUCGCUACUCCGCUGCAAGGCAUUGCAGCGGGCAUCGGCGCCAAGAAGAAGCCGCCGCCUCCACCGCCGAAGAAGCGGCUAAAUAGCUUCCAGAAAGAAGACUACGUCACGGCAGUGUACGACUUCCAGGGACAAGGACCGGGUGAUCUGUCGUUCAGGGAGGGCGACAGGAUCAAGGUUUUGAAGAGAGAGGGAGACAAGGCGACUAGCUGGUGGGAAGGAGAGCUGAGGGGUGUCAAGGGAAGCUUCCCGGCAAACUACUGCGAGUAG